AUGGUUGCCCGUAAGGUUGUCGAUGGACAGACCUAUUUCACCUGCACGCUCGGCGAGGCUCAGUCACAGCGUCGACCAUUCCAAGACGUCAACGAUCUGAUCGAGCAACAAGCCAACUCUAUCGGACAAGACAUCGCCGUUGGCUUCUACCGAGUUGGCGAACGAGAUGAUCAAACAACAUUCCAGCCUAUACUUUUGACUUUCGACGAGGUUCGGCGAAGCGUUGCCAAAGCCGCGGAGCUUCUUCAGCAAUCUCUCCUUCUUCCUCCUGGCAAUGCUGUUGGACUGCUCAGCGCCAGCUCACCACAGUUCUUCUUCGUCUGGCUUGCUUGCAUUAGACUGGGAUGGCCUGUCAUCUUGAUUGACCCGCAAUGUGCCACUCAAGCUGUUCACCAACUGUGCCACGACACGGAGGUGGCUCUCGUGCUCGUCGACGAGAAGAAUUGGCCCAAAAUCGACAAAUCUGGCCCAGACUUGCAGUAUCUUCCGAUCCCGUUCAGCGAGGUUGAUGUAUUCGAAUACAGUACGUCAGGAAACGGGACAGAUCGCGUUCCACCCGAGACUGCGCGAGUAGCAUAUUUUCACCACACUUCCGGCACCAGCUCUGGACGACCGAAGCCUAUCCCACAAUCGCAUCAUGGAGCCGUUGGAGCACUUCUUGCUCUUGACGGUCGGUACAAGGCGACCUUCACCACUACGCCUCUCUACCACGGGGGGCCUGCCGACACAUUUCGUGCGUGGACAAGCGGCGCCAUGAUUUGGUUCUUCCCCAGCCGAGAUGCGCCGGUCACCGCACCCAACGUACUGAAAUGCCUUGAUGAGGCCAGAAAGGCUUCCAAAGACCAGAAGAGCCCGCCAGUCAAGUAUUUCACGUCCGUCCCGUACAUCCUGCAGAUGAUGUCCGAAGACGAGCACGGCUUAGCAGUCUUGAAGCAAAUGGACCUUGUAGGAGUCGGUGGCGCCGCACUUCCGAAGCAGAAUGGAGACGAUCUGGUCAAUGCAGGUGUGAAUCUCGUGUCGCGAUACGGGAGUGCGGAGUGCGGCUUUCUGCUAUCAUCGCACCGGAACUACGAAAUAGACAAGGAGUGGCAGUAUCUAAGGAAGCCUGCAUCAUCACCUCACUUGAUGUUUGAGGCUCGAGAAGAGGGGUUAUAUGAACUGAUUGUGACAGCCGGGUGGCCACACAUGGCAAAGGCAACCCGUGUGAAUGGAUCGUUUGCGACGUCCGACCUUUUCGAGCCGCAUCCGCACAUUCGAGAUGCCUGGAAGUAUCACUCCCGCUCAGAUGCUCAACUGACGCUGAUCACUGGCAAAAAGUUCGACCCUGCGCCAAUCGAAGACGCAAUAGUCGCCGCCACAGAUCUGGUGUCGAGUGCUCUCGUUUUUGGAAACAACAGACCCUCUCCGGGCAUCUUACUCUUUCGUUCCUCGUCCGCCAACAGUAUCAGCGAUGCCGAACUGGUUCGAAAGAUCACGCCGGCGAUAAGUAAGGUCAACGCGCAGAGUCCUGGCCAUGCAAAACUUAUCCCUGACAUGCUCGUCCCGAUGCCGUUCUCGGAACAUUCGCUGGAGAAGACCAGCAAAGGCACACUUAUGCGAAGCAAGGCGGAGAAGAGAUACGAAGCCCGAAUCGAAGCGUCGUAUCAAGAAGAUGUGAAUGGAAGCUCUGAUCUGGAUGUUCCGGACGCCGAACUUGAGGGCCACCUGGAAGACGUGAUCAAGGCAGUCCUUGGAAUUAAUGCUACUCUGGACGUCAACCAGCAAUUAUUCUCUAUCGGCGUUGAUUCUGUCGCGAGUAUACAGAUCCGACAUCGACUGAGAGCACUGCUGCCACAAGACUCACCCCCUCUACCCACCAACAUCGUUGAGCAGUGCGGGAAUGUUAGGAAACUUGCCGAGUACAUCAGGAAAGUCAGGCAUGGUCAGUCGAUAGACGAAGACAUGUCAGCGGAGUCGAGACAUCGAGAAAUGUUGAGCCUUGUCGAAGAGUACAGUCAGUUCGAUGAGCCUGAGGGGGUGGUCGUGAACGGUGUGCAUGACAACAUCAAGAUUGGAGAGGUGGUGCUGCUCACAGGUUCAACUGGAGCACUCGGUGCGCACGUACUGCAUCAACUAAUGCGUGAUUCCGCCGUUGGAAAGAUAUACUGCUUGGCCCGGGCGCCCGAUGCUCGGUCCGCGAGGUCCAGAGUCAGUCAAGCCCUUCAGGAUCGUCGAUUCGGCGAUUUGAGAGACAACGACAAAGUCGAAGUGUUGCCAUCGAAGCUGGGACAAGCACGUCUAGGUCUGGACGAUGCGACAUACUCCCGGCUCUCUGGAGAGGUCACGUUAAUUAUACACCUGGCAUGGUCAGUGAACUUUCGGAUGGCGUUGCGAAGCUUCGUGGAAGACUCGAUUAGCAGCGUUCGAAACCUCAUCAACCUUGCUCUAAGUGCAACUCCUUCACGCACUUGUCCUCGGUUCGCCUUCUGCUCCUCGGUGGCCAGCGCUGCGAACUACCCUCAAUUUGCCGUGCCGGAACAGAUCUUGGACGAUCCGUCGUAUGCGAGCGAUUUGGGCUACUCACAGAGUAAGUGGGUCGCAGAAGGAGUCUGUCGUAAUGCGGCCAAGCAUCCCCGUCUCCGAGGCAGAGUCUCUGUUCUUCGAGUGGGACAAUUGAGUGGUGAUUCCGAAACUGGCAUCUGGAAUGCGAAAGAGGCGUGGCCCAUCAUGCUAAGCUGCGCAAAGCUUACAGGAAGCCUGCCAAACCUGAAGAAUCAGGUCAUCGAUUGGCUGCCUCUCGACAUCGCUGCAAAGGCAAUGUUGCAAGGCGUCUAUGCGCCAUCGCAACGAGGAACCGAUAUUGCAGUCUACCAUGUCCUGAACAAACACCAGACGCCGACUUGGAGCGACCUGUUGAAGUGGCUGAAGGAAUGCAAGGAUUUCGAGAUUGUCGAGCCAUCGGUCUUUUUCCAGCAGCUCAACGAAUCGUCUUGCAAUGAAGGACAUCAGCAUCCCGCCAUGCACCUUGUUGGCCACUGGGAGAACAGCUACGCCACAAAUUCCGAGGACAAGUCUCCAGUCCGGUUUGACAUGCAGCGUAGCGAAGAGGAGAUGCCAAUCAUGCAGACUGUCCGCCCAGUGGAUCAGGACUAUUUCAAUCGGUUAUGGGCCUGGAUCGAUGCGAAUUUGCCGUCCCCAUGA